UAUCUAUCUAGUGCUCGCUCGUGAAUAUUAAGAACCGAAAAUUUCCAAGGUGCUCUCAUCAACUUCAGUAAAACAAAGCGUAUCAAACCUUACCAAAAUGCAGUUCUCGGCCACUCAAAUCUUAGCAGCUGCGCUCACACUGAGUGCCACUACUCUUGCUCAAAUUACUGGGCCAUUUUUCAUCACCAUUGUCCCAGAGGAUGGAACUCCUUCAUACCCAGCAACGGUAGCUACCGUCUCCCGUGGAGCCCAAAUUCUCUCUUCGGCUUUAACCUACGACCAAGAGUUCUUGUUUAAUGUGUAAGAUGUUUCUUAUAUGUAUAAACAACUUUCACUAAUAUACCUCCACCAGCACUUCUGCGCGCCUUUUCAAAGCGGAUGAACCCACCAACGGGAGUGGACCGAUGAAUGCCGACGCACCCUACCUCUUCAAUAAUCCGGGAGGAGCUGGAUCUCAGUUGGAACAAGUUACGGUCGAUGGAAAGGUUUAUCUAAUCAAGGCUGGUACAGCAUCGGGGGGGAUAUAUGCAUGGUGGAGCAUCCCCACCCCUGAGGGGUUUGCGGUCAACGUCUUCUGGGAAGGUGCUGGAUCCGAAUUGGCCAUUGCUGCUCUUAGAAUCGAUCUUGAAGUACCCAAGGCAUAGAGAGUGGUCUGUUCAAUUUAUGGUAGAUG